GGUAUGUCGUGAGCCGGAAGGGGCGGUAGUGGUGGUGGCGGCGGCGGCGGCGGCGGGGAGGGCAGGGCGGCGGUAGCGGCACCAGCGGCACCGGCACGUCUAGGUCCUGGUGCCGACGUCAUGUCGGGCCGCUGCUGCCAGGGCCAGACGCCGAGUCGCGAUAUCCCGGCCCCCGGCAAGUGUCUGGCCCUGCCCGACGGUGCCCCGCUGCCGCCCGGCGACUACAGCACCACGCCGGGGGGCACCGUCUUCGGGACCACGCCGGGCGGUACCAGGAUGAUUUAUGACCGCAAGUUCCUGAUGGAAUGCCGCAAUUCCCCAGUUGCCAAAACGCCUCCCUCCGACCUUCCCGACAUUCCAGGCGUUACAAGCCCAAACGUGGAGGAGUUGAAGAUCGAGAACAACCAUGUCCAAAACUGUGAUGAGAAAGCAAAUGCAGGUGAGGAAGAGCAGUUUGACAUGGACAUCUAAAGCACGUGCCCUGAGAGUGCUUAUCCAGUGAAGCACCAGGACCUUGUCUUGAGGAUUCCCACCAGCCAGGCUUAACAGUAGCCCAUGCCUUGAGUGCCUUCCUGCUUCCCGGGAAAGGCAGUUUAUUCCCUUGGAAUGUGUGUUACAAGGACGGAGCCUCAGCCUCCCUAUGGGUGCGAAUACACAAGCACAGCCCCAGCUGAUGAUGGGCCUUAGAGUGCCAGAGGAGACACUCUCAAUGAUUGUUUUUGUUUCCAGUUUCAUGCCUUUGUUAAUCAUUUUAAUACUGUAAAAGAUACAGAAAUGCAAUACAAGGGAGAAAUAAAAAUCACUUGGAGUCUCCUGGUAUGGAGAUGAAUGCAAUAAA